AUGGCUGACCCAAACUCCUGCAAGUGCAAUCGUUGGAUGGUGAGCCUGGCGAAAACUUUCGAGCUUGACCAGUUCGACAAUUUGUAUCGCCGCGGGGUGCAGUGCAUUUCGGAGGAGGAAUACAGCCGAAUCCCUCAACUGCGCCACAGAGAGGAUGCUCUCGCUUGCCUUAUCGGAAAGCUAUUGUUGAGACAUGCCGCCAAAAAGUUCACCGGUUGCGAGUGGAAGGAUAUCAAAUUCGAGAAAACAGAAAAGGGAAAACCGUAUUUGGCAUCACCAGCGGGGACUACUUUUGGCCUCAACAUCACGCAUCAGGGAGAUUAUGUGGCGUUUGCUUCGAGUUGCUCCUCGAAGGUUGGGGUCGAUUUCAUGAGGCUUGAUACCGAGAGGAACAAUCAAACUGCCGAUGAGUACAUCAACUCCAUGGCAAGCCAGGCUUCUCCGGAAGAACUUCGAAUGAUGAGAAGCCAGCCGACUGAAGCGAUGAAGAUGACCGUCUUUUAUCGCUACUGGUGCCUGAAAGAGGCCUAUCUAAAGGCUACUGGAGAAGGAAUCCUGCAGGACCUCUCUCGCGUCGAUUUCCGAGUCAAUCCUUCCGACAGAUACAAGCAUGGAUGCUUUGUGACAUCAACAUAUGUCAACCUUGACGGUGAGAAGCAAGACGGAUGGAUUUUUGAAGAGACCUUCGCUGAUUUGAAGCACUCCGCAGCCGUCUGCAAGGAGCGAAAGCUUCCACGCACUUGCAUUUUCAAGAAGGACGAGGAUGCCAAAAUCUUCUUUUCGCGGGUCACGCUUGAGAAUCUCCUGGAAGGAGCCGAGAUUAUCAACUCGAUGCAGAAUAACGCCGAGGAGGCCAUUGAAGGCUUCAGGCAAAAGCCGAAGCGCGCGUUU